AUGGACUUAUUGAAAGGUGCUCUCAGGAAAACGUACGAAAUCGACGAUGACUAUUAUGCCGUGCCGAAUAUAUUUCGAGAACCAGCUUUCUCCAUUCCGGUUCUUUAUCACACCUGUUUUCAUUCCUGUUGGCAGCUGCUCGUCCGAGGAGCCGGUGGACGACAAACUGUACCCGCACCUGUGAACAGCUUCCAUGAGUACAUUGAUGCGGACCACGACGGAGGUUCUUCAAAUGUUCAAGAUAUGGUCGUUUCGGGACCAACAACAAUCGCCAAUGACAUUUGCUGA